GACAUUAAAUCUACCCAGGUGCCUGCAAACAUAGGAAAACCUGCCAGUGUUAUAAAAAAUGUGAGUGCUAAGCCACCGAACCCCAUAAAACACAAUGAAAAAGAGAUGGAGCCUGUGGAGAAAACACAGAAAACUGCAAAAGAGGCGAGUUAUGAAAGCUCUCAGCAUGAUGCAAAAAGUUCAAAAAGUUCGGUGUCGAAUGAAAAAGGAAAAACCAAAGACCGGGAUCAUUCUUUGUCAGACAAGGACACUUCUGAGAAGAGAAAAAGCGGUGUUCAGCCAGAAAAAGACCACUCGGAACGUGCAACUGAGCAAGGAAAUGGCAAAAACAUUUCUCAAUCUUCCAAAGCGAGCAGAUCUUCAGAGAAACAUGAUACUAGCCGUGGAUCCACUGCUAAAGACUUUACUCCUAACCGAGACAAAAAAUCUGACCAUGAUGGCAACAGAGAUCAUUCUAGUUCCAAGCGUAGAGAUGAAAAGAGUGAAUUAGCAAGAAGAAAAGACUCCCCUUCUCGAAAUAGAGAAUCUACAUCAGUACAGAAAAGUAAGCCAAGAGACGAACGAGCAGAGCCAUCCAAAAAGGGCACUGGAGAUGCCAAAAGGAGCAGCUACAGUCCUCCGCGUGAGCGGAAGCAGUCUGAUCACAAAGCUGCUCACGAUUCCAAGCGUACAUUGGAAGAAAAGAACACAAUAGAUAAAAAUUCAGGAAAAGAAAAAGAGAAGCAUGUACCAGAAGUAAAGAGCAAAAAGAGAAGCAUGUACCAGAAGUAA